CUCAUCACAAGUCAAAAACCAACAAGAAGAGUUGUUGCUUGCGCUCACGCGAAGCGAAGAGGAGCAAGGCGAGAAAAGAGAGAGAGAGAGAGAGAGAACCAAACCAAGCACGCGACCGAGAUGGGCUCCUUCUUCUCGACGAUGUUCACGCCGCCGCCCGCCGCCGACGACGGCGGCGACUCGCGCGUGGUGGCCGUCCACUCCACGGCCACCUGGGACGAGCAGUGGGGCGCCCACAAGAGCAACCCCAACAAGCUGAUCGUGAUCGACUUCUCCGCCACCUGGUGCGGGCCCUGCCGCUUCAUCGAGCCGGCCUUCAAGGACAUGGCCGGACGCUUCGCCGACGCCGUCUUCUUCAAGAUCGAUGUCGACGAACUUUCGGAAGUGGCGAGGCAAUGGAAAGUGGAGGCCAUGCCGACCUUUGUGUUAAUCAAGGGCGGGAAGGAGGUUAGUCGCGUGGUUGGUGCUAAGAAGGAUGAACUGGAGAGGAAAGUCAACAUGUUCAUUUCAUCCUCCUCAUCCUAAAUCCCAAACUUAUGCCUGCAUUCCUCAUUUAGUACCAGGCUCUGGUUUCUCUCGGUGCUAGGAGUGAGAGACCCUGUGGUUGUCCUCUUAAAAAUGCUGCAAAAUUCGAUGUGAAGUGGGAGUAAACGCGUUUAAGACAAUAAACUUGUGAUACUUGGGAAUGGAAAUGUAAUUGCCUGUUGCUCUUGAGUCAUCAUCUGAUCAUAUUCAAUUCUUUAUU